AUGGCGAGAGGAUCCCGCCGGCGCAAGACGCCGUCGCCGCCGCCCGCCGAGGCCGGAGACGGAGGCGACAGCGACGCCAUGUCGUCUCCUUCGUCGUCCUCGCUCAGCCCCGUGCGGUCCAAUGCGACUGUCGAGGCCGAGAGUGAUGCCGAGGGAGGCACCCCGGUGACUGCGCUGGACCUGGAGAUCCCCCAACUGGACAUCCCUGCGGAAGGCGGGGAAGCUGUCGAGGGAGGGGAAGGGGAGGCAGGCGUCGCCGCCGCCGACGGCGAAGAUGUGGAGAUGGGCGACUUGGACCUCGGGGAUAUCGACCUUGACGAGCUCGAGGCUUUGGCUGAGGGUGUGGCUGAAGUCGAGGCCGAGGUUGAGGCGCGGGUGGCCGCCGAGAGUGGGGGUAUUGAGGAAGACGUAGACGAGGAUGCGGAAGAGGAAGAAGAGGAAGAGGAAGAGGAGGAAGAGGAAGAGGAGGACGAUGACGAUGAAGAGGAAGACGAUGACGACGAUGAAGAGGAAGACGGAGACGAGGAGGAUGGCGAAGAGGAGGACAAGGAGGCCGAAGACGAGGAAGAGGCCUCUGACGCCUCCGACGACGAUGAAGACGACGACGAAGACAAGCCCGCCGCCGCCAAGCCGCCCCUCGCCCUCACGUUCAAGUACCCACCCGCUGUCGAGGACAUUACCACCGUCUCGGAUCGUGUGCGGGCGUUCAAGGUUGCCCGGUUCAUCGGCUGCACGAUCGAGGGAUGCGACUGUUCCGGCCUCGAACCGCCGUCAGGAUCAAAGGUCGUGCUGUCUACGGACGAUGACGUUGACAUGGCCGAUGGCGAUGUUCCAGAGGGUACCGACAUUGCCGCCUGGCGUACCGACGAAGGCUGGUGGCGUACCUGUGGACACUGUGGCCACGGCUGGGACGGUGAUGAGGGCCACGUCUUCGAAGCCGAUGUACCAGACGUGGAGCGCGCAAGGCGAGAAAAAGUCGUGGGAAGGAUAGAGGAGCUGCUACAAGACGAGUCGCUCUUGACAAGCUUCCCAACCCCUCACCCCGAAUCGACGGAAUCGCUGUACCGACAGCUCACCGAGUUUGUGCGACCAUCCGGCAAGCGACCCGCCGGCCCCUUGCCAGCAGCAUUCGACCUGACAGAGAACGGCACACCGUUCGAGGACACGGACGGAGAGCGCGACGACAGUGAACGGCCACGAAAGCGCUCAAAGUUGACGGGUGACGGCAACGACUCCAAGGCCGAAGACUCUGCGCCGCCCGAGACCAACGGCGACGGCGAGGGGGGCAAGACAGCUGGCAAGGGUGCGGGCAAGCAGCCUGGGCGAGCUGGCAAGAACGCCGGCAAGACCGGCGCCAAGCCCCGGACACACGGUGCCGCGCCUGCGGCCGAUGACGACGACGAUGACGACGACGACACGCCGUUGGCAGUGUCACGUACUGCUGGGCGCCCCGAACUCGACGACCGAGAGCGCCGCCGGCGAGCCGAGCUCAAGGAGAAGGAACGCUUGCGCGAGGACAAAAUGGUCCGGCGAAACGACGGUGACGAGCCCCACCAGCAAGAGGACAAUGUCGACGUUGAUGUGGAGAUGUGGCAUGGUGUCGAGCUGCCUCAGCUCCCCCUUCGCCCGGCCAUGCUCGAGCAAAAGGACUCUGAAAUCACCCUCCCCGUGGUGUCAUCCCGCAACCCUACACCGGUCGCCACCAUCCUCCUCAUCGGUCUCAAGAACCUGUUCCAAAAGCAGCUGCCCAAGAUGCCCCGCGAGUAUAUCACCCGUCUCGUGCUGGACAAGAACCACAUUUCGAUGCCAAUCGUCAAGCGUGGCUGGAAGGUGGUGGGAGGAAUCUGCUACCGCCCCUUUGAGUCGCGCGGAUUCGCAGAGAUUGUGUUCUGCGCCGUCGACUCGUCCGAGCAGGUGAAAGGUUACGGUUCGCACCUCAUGAACGCACUCAAGGACCAUGUCCGCCAAGCACACCCCACCAUCUGGCACUUCCUCACGUAUGCCGACAACUACGCUGUUGGCUACUUCAAGAAGCAAGGGUUUACAAAGGAGAUCACCUACAGCCGCGAGCGUUGGGUCGGCUACAUCAAGGACUACGAGGGCGGCACCAUCAUGCAGUGUACAAUGCUGCCAAAGGUCAAGUAUGCGGACGUGCACCAGAUGCUCGCCGACCAAAAGGCCGCCGUUCUCGCCAAGAUUCGUACGAUCUCACAGUCGCAUAUCGUGCGACCCAGCCUCGAGGCGUUCCGGGAUCGCAAGCCUGGUGAGAUUGUCAAGUUGAGCAAGGAGCAGGUGCCUGGAUUGGUGGAAAGUGGAUGGGACCCGGAUUUAGACGAAAUCAUAAGACAGCCGAAGCGAAACCCACACUAUGCGGUCCUGCAGCAAGUGCUCAACGACCUGCAAAACGACCCGUCCGCUUGGCCAUUUAUGAAGCCUGUCGACAGCGGCGUCGUCACCGACUAUUACUCUGUGAUCAAGAAUCCAAUGGACCUCUCGACCAUGGAGUACAAGCUCGACAACAACCACUAUGCGACUGUCGACGACUUUGUCUCGGACGCUCGCGUCAUGUUUGCCAACUGCAGGCAGUACAAUGGCGAAAAGAACCAGUACGCCAACUUGGCCAACAAGCUCGAACGCUCGCUGGACCGCAUCAUGAAGAAGCGCAUGGCAAUGUAG